AUGGGAACCUCACGCGGCGCCUCCAAGCCCGCCGGCAGCAACUCCAAAACCCUCUCCAAAAGGCCCGGCGGCGCCAAGAAGCCGGGCGCCGCAGGCAACAAGAACAAGAAGCAGGACCUGUCGACGCCGGCGCCGAAGCAGAAGCGCAAGUUCUUGAAGAAGACACACACGACCGCGGGGGUAGCGCAGAUUGGGAAGAAGAAGGACCCGAAGAAGAAGCGUGAGGCGGACCUGGCGAGGCUGGAGAAGGAGCUGCCGAAGCUGAAUAUGAUCACGCCCGCGGGCGUAGUCCAGCCGAAGGGGAAGAAGAAGGGGAAGGUGUUUGUAGAGGAUAAGGACAAGAUGAUGUCGAUUCUGCUGAGAGUCAAUGAUUCGAAGGAUGGACAGAUUCAGUCUAAGCUUGAGCGCUCGCGCAAACUCGAAGAGAUCCGCGAAGCCCGCCGCAAAGAAGAGGAGGCGCGCAACGAGCAGAGGAAAUCCAAAAUGGAGAGUGCAAAAGACGCCAUCCGCAACAAGCGCAAACGGAAGAGCGAUGAAGACGGCGACAAGGUCAAAUCUGCAGCAAAGGCCUACAUCCAGAAGAAGUCUGGAGCGAAAAAGGUCGCAUUCGCUUGA